AUGUAUUUUCAAGUCAUUAUUAAUUCAUUUUCUGGAUUUGGACCUUUUUGUUUUUGUUUUAAAACUAACGAACCAUGUACAGUUUAUGAUGUUAAGCAACGACUAGAAAAGACAACAGCCGUGAGUGUAGAGCAGCAACGAAUUAGAUCACUAGGAGGAAAAAUUUUGACCGAUUCUGAUGAUUUAACUCAAAAUUAUUUUAUGAAUAAAGGACCUAUUAUCUUAAAUUUAACUGUGAGAUUAAUUGGCGGUAGAACAUAUAAUACAAUGAUAAUGGAAGAAGAAAAUGAAGCAUUAACCGUAAAUCAAACAUCAUUAAUAAAAAAAUUUAAAUCAGAAACUGAAGAUUCCAUUUCCAUACAACACAUGGAAGAAAUACCCAUACAAAUACGAUAUGAUAAAGGAAAAAGGAAAGAGACAAAAAAGCGAAAACUCUUACAAUAA